AGGAUAACCUUCCCAGACCUAGAAGACAACUUGAAGGCUCCUCCUGCGUCGGUGGAUUGGGAGGCUCUAGGCGCGUUGGGGCCAGUGCGAGAUCAAACAGAACAUUGUGGUAGCUGCUACGCGAUAGCAGCCGCUGGUGAGUCUCCAGUUGGAUCGAAUAUUUCGGCGCGAAACCUCACUCUCGUCCCAUUUUCAGCUCAACAGAUAGUCGACUGUAGUCGGCCAUAUGGCAAUAU